GGUCAACGUCUAGCCGUAGCCUGCCAUUGGUUAGAGCGAGUGACAAUAAUAUAUUUUCUCGUUACAAAAUAACGGAGAAGGAAGCGACAUCUCUGGUUCUGUCUCAUUAAAUAAUCCUGGGAAGUGGCAGAAAAAAACAAACCAACAGAAAUUCUGCCACGAUGAUCCACAGCCUGUUCCUGGUGAACGCGUCGGGGGACAUCUUUCUGGAGAAGCACUGGAAGAGCGUGGUCAGCCGAUCCGUCUGCGAUUAUUUCUUUGAGGCUCUGGAGCGAGCCACGGAACCGGAGAACGUUCCUCCGGUGAUCCCGACCCCGCAUCACUUCCUCAUUAACGUGCUCCGCCAUCGCAUCUACUUCGUGGCCGUCAUUCAGAGCGAAGUGCCUCCUCUGUUUGUCAUCGAGUUCCUCCAUCGUGUGGUGGACACCUUCCAGGACUAUUUUGGGGUUUGCACCGAGGCAGCUAUUAAAGACAAUGUUGUGGUGGUCUACGAGCUGCUGGAGGAGAUGCUGGAUAACGGCUUCCCUCUGGCCACCGAAUCAAACAUCCUAAAAGAGCUCAUCAAACCUCCGACCAUCCUGCGCACAGUGGUCAACAGCAUCACAGGAAGCACUAAUGUCGGCGAGCAGCUUCCUACAGGUCAGCUGUCAGUGGUUCCCUGGAGGAGAACAGGGGUCAAAUAUACCAACAACGAAGCUUACUUUGACGUGGUGGAAGAAAUCGAUGCUAUCAUUGACAAAUCAGGAUCCACGAUCACAGCAGAGAUUCAGGGAGUGAUCGACGCCUGUGUCAAACUCACAGGAAUGCCUGAUCUCACCUUGUCUUUUAUGAACCCUCGUCUGCUGGACGAUGUCAGCUUCCACCCCUGCGUCCGCUUCAAGCGCUGGGAAGCCGAGCGAAUCCUGUCCUUCAUCCCUCCCGACGGAAACUUCCGGCUCCUGUCCUACCACGUCAGCUCUCAGAACCUGGUGGCCAUCCCAGUGUAUGUGAAGCACAACAUCAGCUUCAGAGAGGGCAGUUCUCAGGGACGCUUUGAGCUCACGCUCGGCCCCAAGCAGACUAUGGGUAAAGCGGUGGAAUCAGUCCUGGUGAGCAGUCAGCUGCCCCGCGGCGUCCUCAACGCCAGCCUCAGCCCCUCACAGGGCACCUACACGUUUGACCCCGUCACCAAGCUUUUGUCUUGGGAUGUGGGUAAGAUAAACCCCCAGAAGCUGCCCAGUUUAAAAGGAUCUGUGAGUCUCCAGACUGGAGCCUCCAAACCGGAUGAAAACCCAACGAUCAACAUCCAGUUCAAGAUCCAGCAGCUGGCCAUCUCAGGUCUGAAAGUCAAUCGGUUGGACAUGUAUGGCGAGAAGUACAAACCUUUCAAAGGCAUCAAAUACAUGACCAAGGCCGGCAAAUUUCAAGUCCGAACCUAGUUGACCUCUUCUUACUUUACGUAAUGAAUUUAAUUGGUUUAUGGCAGAAUGGGGACGAAGAAAAGAGAGCGAAUACAUCUCCUUUAGAAUGCAUUUCAGAAUCAAUUCAGGAAAAUGUAGGAUAAGACUGUGUAAGCAUAUGCCUUCCAGAGAGAUUAUAUUGUUAUUAACACUAUCAAAAUGUGCUUCUACAGGUGCACCCGAGUUAAGGGG